UUCUAAAUCGUUAGUUGAGGAAGGAAAACAAGCUAACUGGUUGACUGGUUUCACGUUUUGUCAUUUGGUUUUCACGUCCCGUAGUGCAGGAUAUUGGCGUUAUUCCAGUAAAUUUUCUUUACUUGCAGUAUUGUAAUUUUGUGAUUAUGGCUAGUAGAAUUUAUUCAAGAUUGUCCAGUUUGCCGUCGCUUUCUAACAAGAAGAUUUUCGACACGAGCAUUCAAUCAGUACGAAAUGCAGCAACAAUGUCAGCUUUUGACCUCCAGCACAAGACUCCUGUGCAGAGAAAAGUUAUUGCCAUUCCUAAGGCACAGUAUGGGGGACGACAUACUGUCACCAUGUUACCAGGGGGUGGAAUCGGCCCGGAACUCAUGAAUUACGUCAAAGAAAUUUUCAGGGUCGGAGGAGUGCCUGUAGACUUUGAGUUGGUUCAAAUUGACCCUAAGAGCGACAGUAAUGAAGAUUUGGAGUAUGCGAUCACUUCAAUCAGACGGAACGGUGUGGCUUUAAAAGGCAAUAUCGAGACGGGGAGCUUGGACACGACUGUGAUCAGCCGUAACGUGGCUCUGAGGAACGAACUGGACCUUUACGUCAAUGUUCUCACGUGCAAGUCUUACCCUGGCAUCGUGGCGCGCCAGAAGGAUAUCAACAUCUGCAUCGUACGCCAGAACACAGAGGGCGAGUACGCCAUGUUGGAGCAUGAGAGUGUUCAUGGAGUUGUGGAAAGCAUGAAGAUCGUUACCCAGGAAAAUUCAGAAAGAGUUGCUCGGUUUGCUUUUGAGUAUGCCAGAAGAAAUGGACGCAGGAAGGUCACCAUAGUGCACAAAGCAAAUAUCAUGAAGCUGUCAGAUGGUCUGUUCCUGGAGAUCGCUCGGAAUGUUGGGAAGGAGUACCCUGACAUUCAGACCAACGACAUGAUCAUUGAUAACUGCUGCAUGCAAUUGGUAUCCAAUCCUCACCAGUUUGACGUGAUGAUCAUGACCAACCUGUACGGCACUAUCGUGUCCAACGUUAUCUGUGGGCUGGUCGGCGGUGCUGGCCUGCUCUCGGGCAGGAACUACGGCGACCACUAUGCAAUUUUUGAGCCAGGAACUAGGAAUACCGGCACAGCGAUUGCAGGCAAGAAUAUUGCAAAUCCCAUUGCGAUGUUGAAUGCUGCCGUGGAUAUGCUGGAACACUUGGGACAUCAGACACACGCAGAUCUUCUGUCAGGGGCCAUCAACCAGACAGUGAAUGUAGAUAAGAUCCACACACCAGAUCUGGGAGGCUCUGCGAGUAGCACGGAUGUUGUACAAAACAUCAUCAAAAUUAUUUUAGAAUCAACAAAAACCAUGAAAUGAUGUGUUGCUGCCACCAAUGCGCACAUUACUCCGUCCGAGGACUCCUAAAUCGGUUGUUGUUUUAUUUUGAUCUUGCUUCUAAUUUAAGUUCUCUUCCAGAUAUUCAUUUGAAUUGGUUUAGUUUACCUCUACUUUUACAAAAAUGUCAGUUGUAGUUUGACUUAAUACUCGUAAUUCUUCAGAUGUUAGUAGUGGGUAGUAGUUAAAUACAAAGUAGAUAGAUUGCAAUUAUUAUGUUAAAUAUUGUAUUCUGCUUUAAAAUCGAAUAAAACAGUGUCAUUAAUAUUUGGACCAUGAAGGUGGGAGAAAUGGUGUUAAGGUGAAUUUCUUCUUGUUGCAGGACUAGACAUUAAAGGAAUCAAAAAGCUACGACCCAAAUUUUAAUUUAAUUUAUAGCCCGAAGAAAUAUAAAAACCAAAUAAUUGUGUAUGAUCUUUUAGCAGUAUUACUGUUUUAAUAUUUAAAGUAUUAUUCUGUCUUUUGAUUUAAGUACAAUGAUUUUAUAAUAAAUACUAAAUAGUACGUUAA